GUCUCCAGCUGUGUCUUUACUGCAGAGCAGCGGACCACAGUUCUUUUCAGAUGGACAUACCGCACCUCAUCUCCCUCCCACCACAUCUUCCAUGGGUCAUCUUCAAAUUGAAGCUUCCGUCUUCCUUGGAGACUGCCAGACUCCUGGUCCAGCAUGUGGUUCGGCUUCAUGGCGUACCCCUUGAUGUGGUUUCGGACAGAGGUCCACAGUUCUCUUCAUCAACGUGGAAGACCUUUUGCAAGUCCUUGGGAGCCGCUGUCAGUCUUUCCUCGGGGCUACCGCCCCCAGUCCAACGGCCAGACAAAGCGGGCUAACCAAAGUAUGGAGUCAGCAUUAAGUUUCAGUUUCCAGCCUCCCUUGUUCCCCUCCCAGGAGUCAGGUUCUACAGUGUCGUCGGUGGCCACCCCCCAUCACCACGGCCACUGGGUUUGGCGGGACACUCAGGCUGCCUUAUCCCACACCGCUAAGCGCAACCAAAGACUGGCUGACCGUCGUCACAAGCCUGCACCGGAAUAUCAGCCAGGACAGAAGAUAUGGUUGUCAUCUUGUGACCUUUCUCUUGCUGUGGACUCUAAGAAGCUGGCCCCCAGGUACAUUGGACCUUUCAAGGGAAAGCAAAUGGUAAGGCCAUCUUGGUCACCAGGAGGCGGGCCAAGUGUGUUCAGUGUCUCAUUGACUGGGAGGGUUAUGUCCCGAGGAUCGUUCUUGGGUCCCUUGGUCAUCCAUCUUCGAGUCUACCCUUCUUUACGACUUCUACCGUAAGUUCCCUGACAAGCCUGGGAGUCCACCAGGUGGCGUCUGUUGAGUUGGAGGGAGGGAGGAAACUGUCACACUCUGCGGUGACACCUGUACUUUUGU